UCUCAGCUUGUCCUUCCCCCUACACUACAGGCUGGAGUCCCCGGCAGCACAGCACGCAACACACUGACAGCUGCGACUGACUCACAACCGAGGGGGGAAAGAUGGAGCACAGAGACGCCGACUUCAGCAUAUUGUUAGCGACCGAUUCAUACAAGGUCACACAUUACAAACAGUACCCCCCCAACACGAGUAAAGUGUACUCCUACUUCGAGUGCCGUGAGAGGAAGACCGAUUCCACCAAAAGCAGAAAAGUCAAAUAUGACAAAACCGUCUUCUACGGCCUGCAGUACAUCCUCAACAAAUUCCUAAAAGGAAAGGUCGUGACCCCAGAGAAGAUCCAGGAGGCAAAGGAGGUCUACAGAGAACACUUCCAGGAUGAUGUUUUCAAUGAGAAGGGGUGGACUUACAUUUUGGAGAAAUACAAUGGACACCUGCCUAUUGAAAUCAAGGCAGUGCCAGAGGGGAGCGUCAUUCCUCGAGGCAACGUUCUGUUCACAGUGGAGAGCACAGACCCUGAAUGCUACUGGCUCACCAACUGGGUGGAGACCAUCCUGGUUCAGAUCUGGUACCCCAUCACUGUGGCCACCAACUCCAGAGAGCAGAAGAAGAUCCUCGCCAAGUACCUCCUGGAGACUUCUGGGAACUUGGAGGGCCUGGCGUAUAAACUACAUGACUUCGGCUACAGGGGCGUCUCCUCACAAGAGACUGCGGGCAUCGGAGCCUCCGCCCAUCUGGUCAACUUCAAGGGCACAGACACGGUCGCCGGCAUCGGAGUCAUUAAGAAGUACUACGGCACCAAGGACCCCGUGCCAGGCUUCUCAGUGCCUGCUGCAGAGCACAGUACCAUCACAGCGUGGGGGAAGGACCAUGAAAAAGACGCCUUUGAGCACAUCAUCAAGCAGUUUCCUAACGUGCCCGUCUCCAUCGUCAGCGACAGCUACGACAUCUACAACGCCUGUGAGAAGAUCUGGGGAGAAGACCUCAGAUCUCUGAUAGAGGGGCGCAGUGCAGAUGCCCCGCUGGUUGUCCGACCAGACUCAGGAAACCCGCUGGACACCGUUUUGAAGGUUUUGGAGAUCCUCGGUAAGAAGUUUAUUCCAACGGAGAACUCCAAAGGUUAUAAGGUUCUCCCUCCUUACAUCAGAGUCAUACAAGGUGACGGAGUUGAUAUCAACACACUGCAAGAGAUAGUGGAGGGUAUGAAGCAACACAAAUGGUCCAUUGAGAACAUUUCCUUCGGGUCCGGAGGGGCUCUGCUGCAGAAGCUGACCAGAGAUCUGCUCAACUGCUCCUUCAAGUGCAGCUACGUGGUCACUAACGGACUGGGGGUGAAUGUGUUCAAGGACCCAGUGGCGGACCCCAACAAGAGGUCAAAGAAAGGUCGCCUGUCUCUGCACCGGACUCAGAGUGGAGACUUUGUCACCCUGGAGGAGGGAAAGGGCGACCUGGAGGAGUUUGGCGUGGACCUGCUGCACACCGUCUUUCAGAACGGGAAGAUUGUGAAGACGUACACAUUUGACGAAGUCAGAGACAAUGCUAAGCUCAUAGAAAGUGAGCUUGAAGUAGUGCACUGAGCGCCGCGCUACUAAACCCCAAAACAAACCCCCACCCCCCUCCUCCCCCCUCAACCCUUCACCUUUUGGCCUCCGACGCAACCUCCGAAAAUGGAGGUGGCGUGCAUCGCUAAUAGAUCCCACUCCCAAAGCUUGAACACCCUCACCAAAACGUUCCUAAAAGCCCAAAACUCCCUUAAAAUUCACGUGUCUUCACCCUCAGUUCCUAAACGCCGUUGUUGGUUCUGCAUCAGAGUAGGGGGGGAAUUUGGAAACUCGCAUUCAACUGAUGAACGGAGAAAACCUCACACGGGUGAGUUGGGGGGAGGAGAAAGAGAAUAAAAUGUGUGAGGUACAGUAAGCGACAGGAGGGAUAGAAGUUCACUCCCACGCGGCACUGCCCCCAAAUUGAACUUUGCCGCGUUGCACUGAAUACGAUGAUUGUGAAUGAGCUCCUGGCAGCUGCGUGCGGAGUGAACCCACGGUGAGAGAAAGAGAGAAAGAUAGCAGAUGGUAAGAAAGAGACCGACAAAUAUAAAGCCACACCCGCACCAAUGACCGCGCCCCGUGUAUUGUGUACAGAACUGUUUAGAGAAAAGAAAUACAUGUCUGAAUCUACUUAGCUUUGUCUUUUAUGUGAAGGAAGAAAAUGAUGAUCAUGGUAUAUAACGGUGCACCGAUAACAUUCACUGGAACGGAAGAUCCUGAAAACUUAGACUGUAAUUAUGAGCAAUGAAGGAAUUAAUUCCCUUACUUUUCUUGCUUUUAAUCAGUAGCUACGGCCCAAAUUAUACAAGACCAACAGCUAUCAAGUACUACCUGGAUAUUUUGUACUUUUACUCCACCAAAUAAAAAUGUUAUAGGUGCAUCUCUGAAGGUAUACAUAUGAUCAUCUACUUGCCAUUACGUUGGCCACAGAGCAUUCACCUCCUGGAGGUCCAAUCAUAACGCAUAAUUACAAAUUCUGUUCAUAGAGAGAGGAUUCAGCCGAUCACAAAGGGAGGUUUGUAAUGUUUCUUUAAUUUCAGACACACGUGAAAUAUAAUGAAUGAGAACGUUAUAAAAGGCUUAUUUUCAUCAGUUGCCAAAGCCCCAAAUCUUUACAAAACUUAAUUAACAAGCUUAAGUUUCAAAUUGGGUCUUCAAGACGGUGAAUGCUCUGGAAACCAGUCUUUACUGUAUAAGUUCAUGUAAAAGAAAAAAAAAGAAAAUACAUCACAGAAAUGGUCUUCACUGGAAUGAAGAUGAUCUAACUUUGUGUUUAUGAAAGAUUAUGUGGCUCCUUGUUCUGAAAUGUUUGUUAAUGUUGGUUCUACUGUGUGUGUGCUUGGAUCUGUGUGUGUGUGUGUGUGUGUGUGUGUGUGCGCGCUGAGAUUUUCUUCCUUUUUAAAGGACUGUGUAGUAUUCCUAUUAUGCAAAUGUACUUGUUGAUCGGGCGAAUAGAGGACACUCUUCAUUUUUACUUUGCCGGCCUUUUAUUCUGAAAGGAGACACCAAGUGGUGACAGACAGGUGGCGAUACAGUAGUGACGCCUGUUUUAUCCUUUGGGCAAUGUAAAGGGAUGUUCCUGUCGCAGAGCUAGGAGGGAUUUAAGAGGAGCUGGUGACAUCACAGGAAACAAGAUAUUUGGCAGAUUUUUUCAGGCUGUGUGCAGUGUUCCUCCCACCUAUCUAAAUUCUAAUUCUACCUUUUUUGAUUUAAUCCUAUAUACCUGCACAAUUACCAGCAUUCCCCAUUAGCUUCCAUUGUAUUUUGUGUGUUGAUUAGCAAAUGUUAGCAUGCGAACACGCUAAACUAAGAUGGUGAACAUGGUAGUCCUGCCAGAGUGUGUACGGUUAAAUCUGCCAUAUUUACACGAUGGACUCAAGUCCUCAUGUUGGUUAAUGUGCAUUUUCCCUUUUUAAAUAAAACUAAACCCAUCAUACUAGCAUGUUAGCAUUGUCAUUGUUAGCAUGCUGACAGUAUAGUCUCACUGAGCUGCUAGCAUGGCUGCAGACUGUCUUAAACGGUCCAAACUGCAGGUAAUGGUUUAUUGUCUGCCUGCACAGUCUUUUCAGACAUUCAGCCGCUUAACAUUCAUAGCUUCACAUAUUCUCUCCUUGGGAGUGUCUACCACAGCUAAGUGUCUGCCCCUCGAGCCAUCAGUCACUUUAUUCACUUUACCUCCAUGGACACUGACCCUGCUAGUUCUCUGUGAUUUUAGCAAAGACCUUGAAGAAGCCUGCCAUGUCACUGACUCCCAUCUCUCGUCUCUGGCUCACAACACAAUUAGUCGAGCACUGAAACAAUGUCAAACUGUUUUUUCUUUAUUUUCCUACUCUUUUAUUUUCCCACUGUCACCACUGUUAUGUCAGUUUUGGAGUAACAACACAGUUUUUCUUUCCCAAUUAUGGGGUGCAUUUUAGUAAAACUCUGUUUUACUAUUUUGAUACUGUCUCAGUUCUUACCUCAGAGAAGUAUUAUUUUGUAUGACAAAGGAGAGAAACAAUGCCAGAAAUAUCGCAGUAAAUAACGUUAUUAUCGAACGACGUGGCCAUACUGCCUUCUCACUUGUACAUACAUCCGCUAGUUAGACUGGAAGCAGAGGGGCAGGUUUGGAAGAUAAUACUAUUAUUAUUUUUUGUCAAAACAACCGUUUUUGUACCAACAGAAGAAUAUCCAAACCUGUUUGACUGGACUAGCAGUGUGACAGUUUUUUUUGUGACUGUCAAGGUUAUAGUGUGUGUGUGUGUGUGUGAAUGCCUGCCUUGUGUUAUGGAUGACAAACUGUUUGUGAAUACUUUUUUUUCUUCCUUUUAUGUCGUUGUUGUUUUACGCGUGUGUACGUGUUGGUUGCCCCAGAUUCUUUCCCAACACGGCUGAUAUUUUAAAGAACAUAACUCGCUAUAUUGUCAACAAUACAUUGAUUAAAGAUGCCACCCUGUCAGUUUGGAAUGAUUGAGUUGUUUUGCCUACUUUUGUGUAGGAUAGGUUUACAUAUAGUUCACACAUAGUUCAAAUAUCUUAUGUCGUCAGCCACUAAUAUCGGGCUCUUUUUUCUGGGAUAUCCAGUCUUUUGAAAAGCAUAGAAAAUCUAUACACAUGUACAAAAAUGGCAAAGUAAAACCCAAAUGGUGUUUAGGUAAUACUUUAUUUUAUAUGGGUCUAUAACUUUUCCAGCAAUUUUUCUGGAAAGAGGGAGGUCAUUUGGUAAAAACAAGGACUAUCCUUAUAUCUCCUUCAUUUUAAACACAAGUAGUUCAUUAUUCAUUUGUUAUUGGAAACUUUAUUUUUCAUAUUUGUUGAAUAGUUUUGCCUGUCUGUAGGCACAUUUUUUGUUUGCAUGUUCAGCUGACCUGUUGUAAAGCGACUAAAAGACUGUAGAGGAGCCUUGCAGUUAAUUGAAAUGAAUAAAUUGGAAGUGUGCUGAUUUAACCCUGCUUCCAUUUUUCCCAUGAUUGUAACCAAAUUACACACUUCUUUCCAGGAAACUUGUAAAUUAUUCCCAUUCUAUGAAUCUGUAGAAUAAAGUGUCACCAAAA